UGUCCCCUGCCCUGCAUGAACGGGGGCCAGUGCAGCUCCCGCUCCCACUGUCUGUGCCCCCCCAACUUCACCGGCCGCUUCUGCCAGGUCCCCGCGGGGGGGGCGUGGGGGGGGCCCCCCCCCGCCGCCUCCCCCGCUCCCCCUGAUGCCCCUCCCGAGCCCCCCCCGGGCUCCAAGGUCGCCGUUUACGCCGUCCAGGUCAUUGCCGAUGGCCCGGGGGGGGCAGCGGCCCCCCCCGAGCCUCCCCCUGGGGCAGCCCACGGCGGGGGGCACGGCGGGGGGCACGGGGGAGGACACGUCAGCCAUGCCACCUUCGUGGUGCCCCUGGGGCCCGGGCACCACUCAUCUGAAGCGCAGGUGCCGCCGCCGCUGGUGAACGUGCGGGUCCAUCACCCCCCCGAGGCCUCGGUGCAGGUUCACCGGAUCGAACCACAGCCCCCCGAGGGGGCCCCCCGGGGCAGUGGGGGGCUCCUGGCGCACCCUGCCCAGCCCCCCGCAGGCAGCAAACCCCCUGCACCCCCCCGACCCCACACCCACAAACCCCUGGGCCGCUGCUUCCAGGAGACCCUGCCCAAGCACUCGUGCGGCAGCAACCCCCUCCCGGGGCUCACCAAGCUCGAGGAUUGUUGUGGCAGCAUCGGCAGCGCUUGGGGCCAGAGCAAGUGCCACAAGUGCCCCCACCUGCAGGGGUCGGGGUCCCCGAAGGCGGCGCGGGGGGAGCGCGGGGGCGACUGCCCCCAGGGCUACAAACGGCUCAACAGCUCCCACUGCCAGGACAUUAACGAGUGUGCCCUGCCCGGCGUGUGCCAGCCCGGCGAGUGCCGCAACACCCAGGGCAGCUUCCGCUGCUCCUGCUCAGCCGGGCACGUCCUGGGACCCUCCCGGAGCCAGUGCCUGCCGGAGCCAGGUGAGGAGCGGGGUCUGUGCUUCCGGCUGGUGUCGGGGGCACAGCAGUGCCAACACCCCCUGCCCACCCGCCUGACGCGCCGGACCUGCUGCUGCAGUGUGGGCAAGGCCUGGGGGGGACGCUGCCAGCGCUGCCCCCCCGACGGCACCGCUGCAUUCAAGGCCAUCUGCCCGGCGGGGAAGGGGUACCACGUCCUCACAUCCCACCAGACCCUCACGAUCCAGGGCGAGAGCGACUUCACCCUCCAUAUCCAACCCGACGGGACCCCCGAGCGGCCUCCCCGGCCCCCCCCACCCGUCCCCAGCCCUGCGCCACCCGACGUGCCC